GAAAUAUAGACCAGAUAUUAUGAUUACUGAAUAUUGCAAAGUAGAUGUCUGGGAUUGGAAUAACAAAUCAUGCAAAUAUGCCGAAUUUGAGUUUUUAGUAAUCUGAGUUACUUAUAGUGUUUGUCAGAAGACAAUACUCAUCAUUUCGCGCUUUGCAUGUGUUUUCCUGUGUACUUUCGUUAUUUUUCUUUUCUUUGCACUAAAAUCUGUUAGACUGGUUUAUCACGCACACAAUAGGGUAACUAAUCCCUAAACCAGUAUCUCCGUCGUUAUAAUAAAAUUUACGAGAAGAGCUGAAUGUACCUUUACAGCUCGCAUUUUGAAUCAAAAUCUGUUUGGGACCGCAACAGCGCGGCCACUUUUCACCACGUCUUCUGUUUCACCCGAACUUUAUUACGGACACGCACAAUAGAGCACAUCGUGCUGAAUAGUUAUCUGAUGCUGUAGAUUGAAUUUGGCACAGAUGUCUGGAAGCCGUAUUGACUCAGAAAGAGAAACCGGGGUUGUGUUGGGCUUUUUAGAGGAGGCAAAGCCUUGGCGGCUCGCCAGCGCUCAGUUUCCCAGUAAAGUCGGCGGGAGGCCCGCCUGGUUGAGCCAGCUGAAUUUACCAAGCGUCGCCGAGCUCGUGUGUGAGAAAUGCCAGCUUCCGACAGUAUUUCUUUUGCAGGUUUAUGCUCCUAUUGUCGGACAAGAGCGGAGUUUUCACAGGACACUGUAUGUAUUCUGCUGCAAGACACCUGCGUGCUACACUGCAAACGACAACCGGUGUUGUAAAGUGUAUAGAAGCCAGUUACCAAGGAAAAAUGACUUCUACCCAUAUGACCCUCCCCCUGAUGAAGAGCCAGCCACCAGUGCAGAUGACAAGCGUGUACUAGGAUCAGGAGUGAAACUGUGCAGGCUAUGUGGCUGUGCCGGGCACAAAGCAUGUUCCCGCUGCCACACAGUCACAUACUGCAGCAAAGAGCAUCAGGCCAUAGACUGGAAAAAACAGCACAAGAAAGAAUGCAAUAAUGACUCGUCCUCUGUUUCUGAUGCUGUAAAUAUGUUUCUGUUUCCUGAGUGGGAGUUGGUAACAGAACCUGAAGAACUCCCAACAAAGGAUGACAAGCCACCUUCAGAUUCAUUGGAACAAGCAAAUAUUGUGUCUUCAGUGAUGAUCUCUUCCACAGAUUUGGAGGAGAGCGAGUUAGAGUCCAUGGCCCUCCAUGAAUCACAGGACAGUAAAAUGUUUCAGAAAUUUAAGGAGUGCAUAGCUGCAGAGCCACAUCAGGUCUUACGUUAUUGCAGACAAGGAUCUCCACUUUGGGUGUCAUUUGAACAUGUGCCCAGCAAAGAAGCCAUUCCAAAAUGCCUAUGUGGCACCAACAGAGUCUUUGAAUUUCAGAUCAUGCCUCAGUUGCUUAACCACCUAAAGGUGGACAGGCCAGAUGCCAGCAUCGACUGGGGGACACUGGCCAUCUAUACAUGUGCUGCCAGCUGUGACCAAGGCAACAACUAUUCAGCCGAAUUCAUCUGGAAACAAGACUUCUCAGCGGAUCAGACAGUUUAACUACUACAUAGUAGUAUAUAAUGGUUAUGGCAGUGUUACUUGCCAGUUUUCAAUGUGCUGGAAAGUUAAAAAAAAUAAUAAAAAUCUUUACACCACCAUAGAAUUAAGCAUCUCAAUGAAGGGGUGCUGAUUAAUUAAUGAACAGGUUGGUUAAAGUACUGAGCAGAGAUCCAGCCAUCUUCUAUACCACUUAUCCUCUCCCCGUGACCCUGUAAACCUGGAGCCUAUCCCAGGGAGCAUCGGGCACAAGGCAGGUUACACGCUGGACAGGGUGCCAAUCCAUC